CGUUACUUACCGAAUUGUCUGUCAUAAUGGUAAAAUUUUGGAAACUAAUAAUCCUCAAAAAAUGCCUAAUAAGGACAUAAAAAGUGUUGAAGAAUUAUAUAUUUCCUUAGAUAUUACUACCCCCGAAGAACACUUAGGAGCAAUUUCUCAACUAUGGAAAUCUAGAACAACUAAACCAAGAGUUCUUUAA